AAAAAAAAGUUCUCUCUCUCUCUCUCUCUGUGUCUCCCAUUUGAGUUCAACCACGGCACGGCGCAAAAUUUAUGCGAUUCUCCUUCGUCGUCUUCUUUCUCUCUCUCCCCUGUAUCAUUCCUCUACAGAGGAGCAGGUUUCCUUUAAUCUUCCUUUCUUUGGUGAUUGCUUGCUGAUGAUCAAAAUUCAAAACAAUCAGACCAACGGGGACGCAGCUUCAAUGAGAAUAAUAAUUGCCUGAAUUUUUUGGAUAUUCGAUACGAUUCCGAAACCAUUCUAGGGGCUCCUUUCUGCAAAUUUAGAAAGAGAAAAUCAUAGAAUUAUAUAGAUGCAAUGGUGACGGACAAUGAGAAGGGUUUGGUAUUAGCUGUGGCGUCGAGUGUAUUCGUGGGCUCGAGCUUCAUUUUGAAGAAGAAAGGUCUCAAGCGUGCUGCUGCUAAUGGCACCCGAGCUGGGUUUGGAGGUUAUACAUAUUUGCUAGAGCCACUUUGGUGGGUAGGCUUGGUGACAAUGACUUUUGGAGAAAUUGCCAACUUUGUGGCUUACGUUUAUGCACCGGCUGUGCUAGUCACUCCUCUUGGUGCAUUGAGUAUAAUCAUCAGUGCUGUUUUGGCACACUUCCUGUUAAACGAAAAACUUGGGAAAAUGGGAGUUUGGGGAUGUGUUUGCUGCAUCGUGGGCUCGGUUAUGAUCGUCAUACACGCACCUCAGGAGCAGACUCCGAAUUCUGUUGAAGAAAUCUGGAAACUAGCAAUGCAACCAGGUUUUCUAAUUUACGUAGCCACAUCAAUGUCGAUUGUCAUGGCUUUGAUUCUCUACUGUGAACCUCUCUGCGGGCAAACAAACAUUCUUGUUUAUAUCGGAAUUUGUUCGUUGAUGGGUUCUCUCACAGUUAUGAGCAUAAAGGCCGUGGGGAUUGCGAUAAAGUUAACACUGGAGGGGAUAAACCAGAUUUGGUACCCAGAGACUUGGUUUUUUGUCAUGGUUGCAGCAGCCUGUGUCGUUAUGCAAAUGAUAUACCUGAACAAGGCGCUGGACACAUUCAACGCAGCAAUGGUUUCUCCAAUCUAUUAUGUGAUGUUCACAACCCUCACAAUUGUUGCUAGUGCGAUCAUGUUCAAGGACUGGUAUGGGCAAAACACAGACAGCGUAGCCUCUGAGAUAUGUGGGUUCAUCACGGUGCUCACAGGAACAGUUAUACUCCAUGCCACGAGAGAAGAGGAAGAAGGUUCUUCAGGAACAAUGAGAUGGCACGACUCAGGAAAGAGCUGUAACGAAGAACAUCUCAUAAGUUCGUACAGUCCUGAGUGUUAGGAAGAAGAUAAAACCGUCGAGCUUUAAUGAAAGAACAUCCCAUAAGGUUGGCAUAUCAUCUUAUCUCUAGACUCUAGUGGGGAAGAAGAAUGUAGUUUUGUUGUAUAAAUUGAUGAUAGUUGUUAUAUACAUAUAUAGUGGGUCUUUUGAGGUUUCUCUUGUCUUAUACGGGAUGGGGAGAGGCUUCAGAGAAUACAUAUUGUCCAUGCCUUAUUUGUUCCCACAUUCAUUCAUUUUCGGGCUCUUAGUACAGAUUUGUUAUCAUCAUUGUGUAAGAAUAUUUAUACUAAAUAUAUAUAUAC